CACAAUUCCGCCAGAAAACUCGCGAACGCAACCUUGUUGACGAUUUCCUGAUUGUUGAAUCGAUAGCUACAUACAGUACACAGUACACAGUAGUAUUUGUCAAUCUGCUAUUUGGACACAAAGACCCUUGGACGUAAAGCAUAUAGAGUCAGACAUGUCCACGAAGGACUCAUUAUAGAUCGAAACUCGAGAAGCCACCCUCAAGGAUGCAAGUAUAGGAGCGUUGAGGGUGAUGAAUCAUACGGCUCGAUGAACGGCGGCGACACGAGAGCUUGCUGCUGCGAAUCACGACAUCGAGUAUGACGGCCUGGUCCCAUUACGAUGUGCUCGGGCGGAUUGGGCAAGGUCAAUUCAGCGAAGUUGACGCUGUUCGAUUCCGGCCCACUGGACAGAUCUACGCUUGUAAACGGGUUACCAAGGCAAGAGCCUGCCGUUCGACCAACGUCCUGGAUCUAUGGAAGGAGCGAGAUAUACUGGCCCUUCCGCGGUCGACUCGAGAACAGGGCGCAGAUCGGACGCCGCGCCUAUUUCAUGCUUUCCAGAACGACACACAGCUCGUCCUGGUCCAGACGUAUUACGCAUGUGGAUCACUCGGAGACAUCUUGAGUGACCGACUCAAAGCCUCAGCUUCGCGAACUCGGACCAGGAUGGGAGACGAUGUCAUCGGGCCGAGCCUCGUACCCGAUGAACUACUUUCGACUCACGAGAUCCGCCAUUAUGCCUCUCAGAUCAUCUUGGCCAUCGCGUAUCUGCACGAUAAUGGCAUAGUCCAUCGAGACGUCAAACCCGCCAACGUCCUGGUUUCGACACCCAACGCUCAGGCCGUCUUGUCAGACUUUGGCAGUGCUGCCUCGCUCGUGGUUACCAAUCGCCAUCGCGCUCAGAGAACGACAUCGUCAGUCGUCAUGCAUGGAGGUGGAAUUCGUGCCGUCGAGAACAUGGACGAUAUCCUAUGGCCGGGUCCGAAAUACUUGCCCAAAUCCGCAUGUUCGACGGUUCAUGGCACGCUGGAUUACAUCUCCCCUGAAGUGCUCAACACAUCCGAGGACAUGGCUGCAUCUGAGAGCGAGAGUGGAGAGCCAUGGAGAACAGACAGCCACGCCGCCGGAUUUGACGGAACUGACUUUGGUUAUACUCAUCAAGUCGAUCACUGGUCAUUAGGCGCUAUGCUUUUCGAAAUGGCAUAUGGGCAGCCUCCCUUCUAUGAGGAAAGGGUCUCGGACACCUUUGAGAGAAUCACGAAGUUCCAGGGACCCUUCAGACCGCCUCUCGGCAUUUCGCAUGGACGAUGCUUUACAGACCUGCUGACAAGCCUAUUGAGCUUGGCCCCAUAUAGGCUCGGCAGACGUGGCACUGCUGAAAUAUUGCUGCAUCCCUUUUUCGCUGAAGUUGAUUGGCAGCGCUGCGUUUUAGGACAAAUGGUUCUGGAAGAUCCACCCCCACCUAUUGACGUUGAAGACCUUUACGAUUCUUUCCUCGGCGGUGGUGACUGGUCUCUGGAUUCAGACGACAGCGUUGCAAGAACCUCCAGGCUCACGACAGACACCUCCUCCUCAUACUGGCAAGAUUGGGAUCGAUUCGAGGGGUCGAGUCCUGCAGAGAUCGUCCUUCAGCGUACAUCAUUGCAUCCCUUACAAGAACGCACGGAAACAUCGUCGCUCCCGUAUCAAACCCCACUGAGAGCUCCCGUCCGGGGCUUCGCGACACCGUAUCCUCCCGGGACAACGGUCAGGAAGGCUCGAAUGGCUGUGACAACAGCGCGAAAGAUGUCUGAACGAACUGUCCAUGAGCGGAUGAUGGAUUGUGUACAAGCCUCCGUCAAGAAACGGCUGGCCUCGUCACACAAUGCAGCCGGGAGACACGAUCGUCAAUCAGGACAGCGUAAGAUUGAUAACUGCUGUGUCAAAAAGGGUGCAAGCACAGGCACUCUAGGCGACUUGGCCUUACCAGAGCAUCCGGGACGAUGUGUUGAGGAUCUUGCCGCUCGUUCCGCUGCCUUGAACACCGAUCUACUUGUAAGCAGAGCAUUCUCCGCUCGUUUUGGACUCUGAGGAUGCACGGGACUAAGGCCGCAACGUCCUGAGAUUACAGGCGAUUGACAGCACCCUCUCGAACCUUGCUCUGAAGAUACGUGCAGGCAGUCAAUCCAGAUAGUGCGAGACGAUGGCGCAUUUUCCGCCUUAAGCAUUUGGUACAACAAUAGGAACAGCGCCUAAGCAUAUUUGGUCCUCGUAAUCUUUGAAGCCCAACCGGGUUCUUCAUUCGUCGUGUCGGGGUCGUCAAGCAUAAUCCUCCUAGGUUUAUUCGUAUGAGAGUCCGAUCUAGGUAGCCACGACCGCAAGAGGCCAGUCCGCGUGACUAGUUGUAACAAUCAGGAUAUGAGACCAUGCAGAGCAGAGGUGACGCAACAGACAUGACGCA